GUUCCGAACAUAACAGGUGCGCCCGUCAAAUUUUCCAAAUUUAGUAACACUUAAUUGGAAGUGACGUCACUAGAAUUAGAAGCCAUUACAAAUUGAACCGACUGACUGGGAAGUGAGUGAUAAAUUUUGACAGGUCUUGUUUUAACGUUAUUUAAGGCUCUUUAGCCAUUUAAAAAUAUGAGAGAGUACAAAUUAGUGGUUCUUGGCAGUGGUGGUGUUGGAAAGUCAGCAUUGACGGUACAGUUUGUUCAGGGUAUUUUUGUAGAAAAAUAUGAUCCAACAAUUGAAGACAGCUACAGAAAGCAAGUGGAGGUAGACGGACAGCAAUGUAUGUUAGAAAUCCUAGAUACAGCUGGAACAGAACAAUUUACUGCCAUGAGAGAUUUAUAUAUGAAGAAUGGUCAAGGAUUUUUGCUGGUGUAUUCUAUAACAGCUCAGUCAACAUUCAACGACUUGCAAGAUUUACGGGAACAGAUUCUCCGCGUUAAAGAUACUGAUGAGGUGCCAAUGAUUUUAGUAGGGAACAAAUGUGAUUUGGAAGAUGAGCGGGUGGUGGGCAAGGACCAGGGUGCAAAUCUAGCUCGAAGCUUUAACAGUGACAUGUGUGGAUUCCUCGAAACAUCUGCCAAAGCCAAAAUUAAUGUGAAUGAGAUAUUUUUCGAUUUGGUGCGAAUGAUCAAUAAAAAGAAUCCUGAGACAAACAAAAAGAGUAAGAAGAAGAAGGGUGGAUGUGUAUUGGUGUGAGAUUAGGAGCUAAACUUUCUGUUAUACUCUUUAUGUUAUCUAGUGUAUACUUGGGUCUUCACUAUACAGACAGUAGCUUCGAGCCUUCCUUGAUUACAGUGUUUAUAUGCCGUUACAAUGUUACAACUUCAUAUAUUCUACAAUAAUCAGCUUUAGUCAACUAUAAUAUACCAAGAGAUAUUUGAAAAAAAAAAUCCAAGAAGGGAAAUUACUGAAGACCAUCUACCGUUUCGUGAAUUUAGUUCUGACAUUUAAAUACAAGAAUUUUGGCUAUAGGCUGUUGUUUGGAUAGAAUUAUAUGUGUUGCAGUUUUUACAACACUUGUAUAUUUUUACUCAAAACUUUCAUACAUUUUAUUUUGUGUGUGUAAUUUUUUUUAGCAAUUAUUAGUAGAUUGACUUAUAAGGGUGAAAGAAGAGUUCCUAGAUAAACUACUGCAUGCUACAUGAAAGGUUUCCUUACUGCUUGCAUGUAUAUUUUGCUAUUAAAGUACAGUGAAAUGUAGAUCUGUUGAAAUUAACUUUUGAUUGAUUUAAUUUGUAAGAAAACUACAAAUGUGACCAGUUUUCUUUUGUACAAGAUUUUUCCUAGUUAAUUUGCAAGAAUAUUUUGUCCUAUCAAACAACUGCUUUUAUUUAUUUAGUGCUGAUUUUGAAGUCUGGCCUUUUUUGAACAAACGUUUUUUUGUUAAACAAAAUUGUUUUUUUCUGAAGUAAAAUUCAUCUCAGUUUAAUAAUAUAUGUAAAUAAUGGCGCACAUUGCUUUGAAAUUAUAUACCUACAACAGCUGUUCUCAUUUUGUUGAGAUAUUAAUAAGGUAUGAAAAGCUUUUUAAGUUUUGAGUAAUGCUAAUAAGAAGAUUUUUUUUUCAUAUCGUAGAAUGACAGUAUUAAUUACUAAUAAGAAAAAGACUAUUUCAAAACAUUUUCUUUUCUGCACUUAGUUUUACUGUUUGUUUUCUUAGGGGCAUAAAUUUGGUGUAUUUGAAUUUCAGUUUUUCUUUUUGAGAUUGCAAAUGUUUUUAAGACUGGAAGUACAUAAUUAUCAAGUUACUGUAUAUUUUAUUUUGAUAUUUAAAUUUUGAUUACAUUAAUUUAGAGUUAUUGAACAAAAACUGUAUCUGAACCUUAUUCUACUUAUUUCUGUUAUUUUUCCAAAUCGCAUACAUUGAUAACUAUGCUCAUUUUUUCAUGCAAAAAUAUUUUUAAAGAAAAACUUUAAAGUCAUAAUAUUUUUUAUGUCAAAUUUGAUUUUUCAAUUUGUGUUGGCAAUAUAAAGAAAUGGACCACUGUUCAUAAAAUAUGAGGGUAAGGCAUUGUACUGUUGUAACUGAAGUUAUACUACUUUUACAUAAUGAGCCCUCUAUAUUUAAGUUAUUUAUAGAAUCUCUACCCAACACUCCAUUAAAUUCUCUUAUUUUUUUUAUUCCUUUGUAAAUCUCUUUUAAAACUGAUUCCUGGCUUAUUUUGUGGAAAGGAUUUGACCUGCAGCUGGAAUUAAUUACGAUUUUGAAUCACAAAGAAAUAGUUUGAUUAUGACUAUGAAAGAGUUACAACAGAGUUAAGACAUGGUAAAAUGGUAUACAGUUCUAUGAAUGCUACACUUUGUAAAGCAUACCAGUCUGUUGACUGUGUCCUGCUGGGAAAUGGCCAAAGUACACUAAAGUAAGCUCUCUCUCUCUCUCUCGCCCAUUGAUAACAGGCAGUUUCUAUAUUUAUUACUUUACAGAAACAGCUCUGAUAUUUUAUAGACUUCUCUAGGAUUGAAAGUGUUAAGUUAAAUCAAAAGUUUUGGAAGACAAAAAUGUAUUUUCAGGGUAUGCUACAUUUCUUUUUCUAUACCAGCAUUUUAUAUACAUUAUAUUGAAAUACCUCAAUUCAUAGAUAUGGAAUUGUUAAAAUGUAGAGAAAGGGAAUUUGAGUACAGAAAGCACAUUUUUGCUCCAGUAUAGGAAACAUAGAUAGCUUUUUAUUAAAAAAAUUAGGUUAUGAAAGAAAAUCCAUGUAUGGAAUUAAAUUUAUUAAAUAACAAGAUAUAAAGUAGCAAGAAUUCUUAAAAUUGAAGGGGACAAAAUUGAAUUAAGUUUUGGAUUUAGAUAAUAAGAGUUAGAUUGGAAAAAUAAUUACUAAAACUGUCUUUGAGAGAUUUUAGGAGCAAGAAAAAAAACAGCUCUAGCUUUGUGAUAUAAUCUUAUGUGAUUAUCUAGAUAUAGUAAAUGUUAUCUCUUGUGAUCUUGCUGUUGUAUUGUUAUCUCCAUUGUCGUGCAGUAUUUGACUAAUUAUCUCCCUUUUGUUUCAGUAAUUGAGUAAUUAUCUCCCUUUUUUAUGCCGGGAAUAAUCCUCUUUUAUUGCAGUAAUGGAGUAAUUAUGCUGUUUUUGAGUUAAAUGCAGUAUUUGGGUAAUUAUCUCCCUUAACAUUUAGUGAUUACCUGUUCAUUUACUUUUUUCCUGCAGUAUUUGAGUAAUUACACCCCCCCCCCUUUAGUUACAGUAUAUGAGUAAUUAUCUCCCAUUACUUGCAGCACACACAUACUGUUAUGUUAUGUUUUAAUUUGACUAAUAUGGUUGUAGAAUCAAUAUUUCUUAAUGCUUUGAAUCAAAUUUUAUUAUUGCACAUUAAUUCACUGCCACACUCUUUCCAUGGUCCUUGUUUAGCUGUUGAAUAUAUUUGUUAACUCCACUCUUAUCUCUUUGGAGAUUGUAUUAUUAUUUAAUGAAGUGCUGUAUUUUAUUUUAUAUGCUAAUGUAUUAUGUAUAUUACUUAUUUCAUAGCUAAUGUUGAAAUGUAAUGUAUAUAAUUUUAUAUAUGAAGCAAUGUAUUUGGUGAAGAUGUGUAUCUUGAUAGUUUGAUAUUGAUACAUUAUCUUGUACUGUAACAUCUGGGUUUAAAUUGACUGAUUUAUUAUUUCUUUGGUUCAUCCUUUUUUCUCAUAAAAUUUAUUUUAGUGAUUUUUCUUAUAAACUGGGCAUUUUCCAAAAAUAAAAAUUUAUUUCUUAACACCUAGGGGAGGUUACUUCAAAUUCUUGUUUGGAAUUAUUUUCAAGUGCUUAAUUUCUUUGCUUUUAUUAACACUUUUUGUGAUUUCACUCAGCUUCAAGUUCUGAUAGUUAUCAGCUUUGUCAGUAAGCAGGCUGUCAGAUUUAGCAAUUUGUCAUUACAAAGUUUAUCCUACUUGUCAGUCAGCCGACUUUUAUUUGGAGUAGUCAGACAAAAUUACUUUGUCAGUCAGGCAAAACCUGGAUCAGUAAUUUGUCAGAUAUAGUACAGAGUACUUGUCAGUCUGCCAGUAAGUAGCUGAAAAUACUUUAUCUGACAAAUUACUUGUCAUUUCACCUGACAAAGUAUUUGUCAGUAAGCAAUCAUUUGUCAGAUAGUUGUAAUAACAUUCUACUGAAAAUGUAAAAUAAAAAUGGCAUUCAUUAAUACAUUUUGUGGGUGUUCACUUUUUGUGUUUGACUGAUAUUUUCACCUUAAUGUAGUCAUGUUUAUGCAUCAAUUUUAUUUGUGCAUGCAUCAUUUGUGAAAUAUACAUAUAAUCUUCAUGAAAUUAUGAAUGGAACAUUUCUGUAACACCCCUUUUAGAUAGACAUUUAUGUUUUAUUAUGCAAAAAGACCAGUUAUUGUGUUCACUUGACCUUGAAUUUCUCCUAAAUAGAUCAAGAUAGUUCUUAGUUUUAGAGUAAGCCUUAUAUUUGAGCCAAUUGUUAACCAUUUAUGCAAAACAAUGAGUGUGCUGUUUCAGCUGAAGUGCACUUGCUAAAUGUCUAUAUUUAGGGGUUUUACUGAAAUGAGCCACGUCACGACAAAACCAACAUAAUGGGUUUGCGACCAGCAUGGAUCCAGACCAGCCUGCGCAGUCUGAUCAGGAUCCAUGCUGUUCGCUAUUAGUUUCUUUACUUGUUAUAGGGUCUGUAAGCAAACAGCAUGGAUCCUGAUCAGACUGCGCGGAUGCGCAGGCUGGUCUGGAUCCAUGCUGGUCGCAAACCCAAUUUGUUGGUUUUGUUGUGACACGACUCAAAUGGUUCCAAUAAAUGCUUCAGUUAUCUAAAUAUUCAUAGCUCAGUUGCAACAUUGUAUGUACAUGUUAUUAGUAGUCAGUUUAUUUUCUCAGUUGUAAGUGUACAUUUUAUUCCCAAUCAUUUUUUUGCAUUAGUAAUUUAUUGUUAGCAGGGUUUUAAUACACUAGUGUACAAUCUGAAUCUAUAAUUAUGUCAUUUUUUGCAAAAAUAAAAACAUUUACUUAGAUGA